AUGUGGGAUACAUUCGUGUCAUUUACAUAUCCUGUUUUCAUUCUGCAAAGAUUCAAAUCAGAACCUAAAACAGACAAUUCUGAAACAACUCAAAAAUCAAAUUCCAUUCAACUAUCUGAAACAAUGAAUUCCGAAAGUAAUAUUCGAAAGAUUUUACUGAAUGAAAAGUGGAAUGAUCUCUUUCUGAAAUUCUCAGAAAAGUGUUUUGCAUGUGAAGAUGUCAUGAUGUGGAACGCCAUUGAAAAAUUCAAAGCAAUCAAAUCAGAAAAACAAAGAAGAGAAUUAUUUUACAAUAUUUGUAAUACAUAUAUUCGACUUGGAGCUCCUCUUGAAUUGAAUAUUUCAAGAAAGGAUUUUGGAAUUCCAGAAAUAAUGAAAACAUUUGAAGCUUUGAGAGAAAGUGCAAUCAGAGGUUCCAGUGGCUCACCUUCAGGAACUGAUUCACCAAAGAAACGAACAAUAUUUGCAAUUACAUCUGAAAUGUUUGAUAGAAUUCAAACAGCUUGUGAACACAACAUGUUGGAUAAUUAUACUCGUUUCCAAGCAUCGUAUGAGAAACAAUUGGAGAAGGAAUUGGGUGUUUUACCAAUCAUGAAAGUCUAG